UCUGACGUUCGUACAACGCAUUUCCGCGGCCGUCUGCAAUUCGCAUCUGCGGCGUGAAUUUCGCGAAAAUCCAACUGCAAAUUUUAGUUCUAACACUCGGUGUACAAAUAUCGAAAGUCCCUUUUGGGGAAUUUGUAUUUUAUUGAAAAACCCAUUCGCCGAAUCGCGCAAAAAAAGUGCUAUAAAGUGCCUGCUUUUACCAGAUUAAAUAUACACAUCUAACAUAUUUAUUUUUAAAACCCAUUCAAGUGCCAAAGAGAAAUGUUUUAUGCAAUAUAAAGUAAAUUGCACAAAAUUAAAUAUUAAAAUCCAUCUGUCUGUAUAAAAUCCGUUGAAUGAAAAAUUCACAACAAGUGCAAAGCAACAAAUUGAAAAAUCACUGCAGCGUUGGAAAAGUUGCGGCAAAAGUUUCGCAUUUGUUUUUCGGCUUGCGCUUCGUUUUCCCCGCCAGUUUUCCCCCCUUUUUCGCGGUGACGCCUGCGCAGCUGUUUGGAAAAAUCUAAUUGGAUACUUUUCUGCCAAACGGACACCGGAAACGGAAGCUGACUGCCAUUUGCAAUAGACUAACUAGCGCGGCCCUCUUUUAAGAACCUGUCCAUGGAUUUAUGAGAGUCGCCCAGCCGGACAAGACGCCAUUCCGAUCCAGAUCCAGAUCGAUGUGGCCGGAGACCACCGACUGAGGUCCGCCCGAAGGUAGAAAAUGGCGGACAUUUACCAGGAUGCCAGCAGUACGCUGCGCUCCGUGUUCCCCAACUCGCGGCUGGAUUCGCUGGCCGGAGUGGAUCGCCGGAUGGAGAGUCAGCUGCCAGGACCACCGGAUCCGGAUGCAGUCACCACGCCCACGAGCAUUGGCUACAAUCCGCUGAACGACGACGACUGGUGGGCCAAUGCCAUCGAGGUGGACACCUUCGAUUCCCCACUGGCCUUCGAUGCCAGCGAGAAUGGACUGUGGAACGGACACUUUGUACCGCCGCCGCCCCGCCCGCCCUUCCUGGAUGAAAGCGUCGCCGCCGACGGCCUGACCACCUGUGAUCUGUGCACGUGGGCCUGGCAGCGGAAUGCCUACUCCCUGGACGGUUCCAUAGAAACCGCCGGCGAACUUGGAUGGGCAUUCACCCUAAUCAUAGUUUCAAUCAUAUCGGCUCUCAUAGGUGCUAUUGUAAUGGUCAUAGUUCUAAGAUGUAGAAGAAUUAAAUCAGCGAAUGCCAAUGGUGGUCGCCCGCAGCCUUGGUGGUGUCGCAAUAACCGAAACGGUGGCCAAAACCGAUCGCCCAUCUCGAUCAAGCACUCGGCGGACAGCAUCCGGCGGCCCACGAGCAACUCCGGCGUCUGGACCUGGCUGGGCGGAAGUCGCCGCUCCUCCGCCGGUCCCGACCAGAUCGGUCCGCCAUCGACGUCGCCGGCGGAGAACCACUACACCCACAUGGACGACGCCUACAGUCCGGUGGGCGUGAGCGAGGCCCUCUACGCGGAGCUGGACCGCGAGUCCGUGCGAUCCGCCAAUCCCUCGUACCAGAAUACGGCCUACAGUCAGUGUGGCGAGAAAUAUAAUUACCAGGGCCACGAGCAGGACAUUCCCAUGGUGGUCUCCUCGGCGCCGAGCAGUGCCUACUACUCGGACCUGUCGGUGACCGCGAUGCCCGGCGGAGCGAGUGGCAGUAAUCAGGGCGCCUACGAGAUUGUCGGACUGAACGUGAUGUCCCAGCCGCUGCCCAACUGGGAUCACCAUGGCGGCGGGGGAGGAGGCGCCGUGGCCGGUGGAGCUGCAGGAGCAGCGGCCGCCAUCCUUGGAGCGGGCGGUGGCGGGGGCAAUGGCCUGACGCCCGGCGAGGCGGCGGCGAUGACGCAACGACGAGGUCCUCGACUGGCGGCCAUCAACGAGACGAGCACCAGCACUGUGCCCUCGGACUAUGUCUAAAAAUAUAUAUAUAUAAAAGUUUGAAAUACAAAUAAUGUGAAAUGUUCAGCGAGCUUAACACGUUAAUGGGAUAUAAUCGUACGUUAUAUACACCCCCCUAGUUAUAAGGUUACAUUUAUAUUAUAUUUAACACUUGUAUACCACUUAGUGCUUAGCGUGGACUCGUGUCUUUGGUUUAUGUCUGAUUUGUAAUCUGAAUACGUUACCGAUAUAGGGAUAUAUUUAUACACACUUACAAGGCGAGAAUGUAUUAUAUGUCUAGUUUUUAUAUAGUCUCUAAGCAACGAUUUAAUCGUGGGUGAUAUUUAGCCUAAAAAUAUGCUAUAUUCUUAUGUUCUGUGUACUUUAAACAUUUUCUAAAAAUGUAAAAACGACAACAAACGCAUUUUUCAUAGGCUAAGAUAGGUGACGAUGAAAAAGGACAAGAAAUCGUAUUUCCCCCCAGGAUCAGUACACGCAAAUAUAGAAACGAUAUAUACAUACGAAUACAACAUAUUUAUACACUCAAUAUUUACAGCAGCCGAAAACGCAUUUAGCUCACCAACAUAUUUAUAUAAAUAAAUAUCUAUAACAAUAACUGAGGAAUCAUAUUUACAACGAUUUUAACGCAACAGAUUUCACCAUAUUUACCGGGGGAAAAGAUCGUGGCACUUCAUAUCAUUUACCACACCAUUAUACAUAUGUAUGCAUAGCUAUCUAUAUACUAUACCAUAUACAAUAAACAGACUCACGACCCUUAGCAGAUGUACUUUAGUUCUUAGUGACUCUCGCCGGGAUGCGAAUCCUUGGCUGAUUAAUUUAAUAACACGCAAGCAAACACACACACACAAUUCCUGUACAUUAUUGUUUUAGUUGAAAAUAUAAUUAAACAAUUGCUAUUUACAUUCUGAAUCCCAAA